AUGUCUUCAUCUGAUGUCAGGAAGCCAGUUACGCUUGUCUCCUAUGAUUCAUGGCCUUCAUGGAUCGGCUACAUUGAGCGUGUCGCCGGCGGUGUACAAAUAUGGGAUGAAAUCGAUCCCUACUGGAUUCCCACCGCUGCCGAGCCAAUCAGAGGCCCUGAAAUACCGCGUAAGGUUACAGGACAGCCUUGA